AUGAGUCAAAGAGACGAGGACUUUUACAAGCUGCUUGGGGUUGAGAGAGGUGCAUCAUCACACGAUGUCCGAGCUGCAUAUCUGGCCCAAGCCAAAUUGGUGAGCUGGCUCGAAUGACUAGAAGACUUGCAGCUGGAUGAGAGAGCUGAGGAUGCGACAACAUGACUAGAAUCAUCCUGAUCGCCUUGCUACAGGCCGCACCUCCGAGUCGGACGCUCGCAUCAGAGCACUGACCCAUGCUUACUCGGUGCUGAGCGACCCUAAAAGCAGAAUCGAUUACGAUAUCCAGCUCGACCAUCACCAUACCCUUUGCAAUGCUGCGUCGUCAAAGCGGGCAGAAUCACGCAUCUCAGCUGUCAUAGACAUCGAUGCGUUCGAGCUGCUGGAGCAAGAAGACGCAGACGAUCUCCGUCCAGCUGCACCGCGCUUUGCAUAUCCAUGCAGGUGCGGCAAUCGUUAUGCCGUCAGAGCUGAUCGGCUCGAACAAGCUAUGGAUUCCACCGCGCGCGACAUUGCAACGCAAGGCUUGCUCGUUCAAUGCGGCGGCUGCUCGCUCGUGGUCAAAGUCACAUGGUCCGAAGAUGAAGUUCACGACAAGCCAGACUAG